UGCGGGUAGGAUGGGUCCUCGCUGCCGGCUUCGGUGAGACUCGCUCGCGUGGACCGCCCGCGGCGGGCCCGCAGUGGCCGCGGCGGCAUGAAGGGCGCUCUGGGGAGUCCUGUGGCCGCGGCCGCCGCAGGCGCCGCGAUGCAGGAGAGUUUCGGCUGCGUCGUGGCCAACCGCUUCCACCAGCUGCUAGACGACGAGUCGGACCCGUUCGACAUCCUGCGCGAGGCCGAGCGCCGACGCCAGCAGCAGCUGCAGCGCAAGAGGCGCGACGAAGCGGCGGGGGCGGCGGCCGGGGCCGGCAACCGCGGCGGCAGGAGCCCAGCUGGGGCCUCGGGCCACAGACCCGGCGCGGGCGGCGGCCGGAGGGAGUCUCAGAAGGAGCGCAAGAGCCUCCCGGCCCCCGGCGCGCAGCAGCCAGACAGCCCAGGGGGCGGCCCUCAGCCGCCCGGCCAGAAGCGAACUUCCAGAAGAGGCGAGCAGCAAGGAUGGAGUGAGAGCCGGGGGACAGAGGUGACGCUUGAUAGAGCAGAGCGGAGAUCCUACAGGGAAUAUCGACCCUAUGAGACGGAGAGGCAGGCAGACUUUACACCUGAGAAGUUUACAGAUGAAAAACCAGUUGACAGGUUUGAUCGAGACAGACCACUGAGAGGACGUGGAGGCCCAAGAGGGGGCAUGCGAAGCAGAGGCAGAGGUAGUCCUGGGAACAGAGCUUUUGACGGUUUUGACCAGAGAGGGAAACGAGAAUUUGAGAGAUACAGUGGGAAUGAUAAAAUAGCAAUCAGAACUGAAGACAACAUGGGUGGAUAUGGAGUUCGCACCCGGGGAUCAGGUAAAGAUACCAGUGACAUGGACCCGACUGCCCCCAUGGAAGAGACCACAGUGGUGGAGGAGUCCCUGCGCCCCCUGGAGGAGGAAUCUCCAGCCAAAGUUCCUGAGUUGGAUGUAGAAGAAGAAACUCAAGUUCAAGAGAUGACCCUAGAUGAGUGGAAGAAUCUUCAAGAACAGACCAGACCAAAGCCUGAAUUUAACAUCCGGAAACCUGAGUCCACUGUCCCUUCCAAAGCAGUGGUGAUACACAAGUCUAAAUACAGAGAUGAUUUGGUAAAGGAUGACUACGAGGAUGAUGCCCAUGUUUUCCGGAAAGCGGCCAAUGACAUCACAUCCCAGCUGGAGAUUAAUUUUGGUAACCUCCCUCGUCCCGGGCGCGGAGCCAGAGAUGGCACCCGGGGAGGCCGGGGAAGGAUCAGAAGGGCAGAAAACUAUGGACCCAGAGCAGAAGUGGUGACACAAGACGUUGCUCCAAACCCAGAUGACCCCGAAGAUUUUCCUGCUCUGGCUAGAGAGAGCCCUAUUUCCCUGGCAACUUAAAACAGCA